AACGAGGGCUUUCUCUAGAAGGGAUACAACUUUUGUCAAAAUUGACUUUAUGUAGCAGGUUUACGAGAAUUUACGCAGCAGGUUAGGAUAAUUAACGUAUCAGGUCCGAAUAAUUAGGUCAAGGUUAGGAAAAUAGUUAAGGUUCGGGUUAGCGAAAACGUCCUUUUGAGGUCAAAUUCGAGAAAAACUGUAUCCCAUCUAGACAUGACCAUGGGCGAGGUGGUUCUAACCUGCGGGUAUCCACACGAUUGAAUAAGACAACAUCCUCUGAAAGCGAAUUGGACGACAUUUUCCCUUUCUCCGCCCAUCUUGUCUUCGUAAAACCCGCACUGGCUGAAGGCGCAGUCACUCAAAAGUCACCGGGGUUGCUAUGGGCUUCGGUUUAUGAGGGCAGAGAGAUUUGAUUUCUACUGGGCCACCUUUAAUGCAAGAAAUUGACAGUGACGCUCGCUAAUUUUGAAUUUCCACUUGAAUUCAAGCAACUUCGAAUAGCCAUGGCCACGAAGAAAAACCCACGAGGACAGAAACUGAAAGAAGGCAAAACACAGCUAGCCAGUAAGAAUGGCAAGAAGCCCGAGGGAGCAGGUGGAAGCUCCUUCUUCACCUGGUUCAUGGUGUUGGCCCUCCUGGGGGUCUGGACCUCCGUGGCCGUCGUCUACUUCGACCUGGUCGACUACCAAGGCACCAUCGCCAAGGCAAAGGACAUGCACAGUACCCUCUCUGAGACACUGCAAGGUAAACUUUCGUCCUAUGACGCCGAUGGAGAUGGUGACUUCGAUGUGGAGGAUGCUAAAGUAUUACUAGAUGAAAAUCCAAGACAUGCUGCCAAGAGAGAAGCCCAAAAAGGACUGAAAGAGAAGGCUACUGUCGUCUUUAGCAGAGAGGGAGCACCAGAGGAGUCUCCUGCAGCACCUGUGGAAGAAGCCACACCAGAACACAUUGUUGAAGAAGUGAUCGAAGCCGCCAAAGCAGAGGAAGCUACUGCUUUCCCACCAGAGCCUGAGGAGGAAGAGCCUGAGGUGGAUGAGGAGGAAGAGCCUGAGGUGGAUGAGCCUGAAAUCUUUGAGGAAGAGCCCGAAGUUCUGGAGGAUGAUUCUUCUCCCUUCGAGGAGCAUUCUUUUCCCUUCGAGGAGCAUUCUUCUCCCUUCGAGGAGCAUUCUUCUCCCUUCGAGGAGCAUUCUUCUCCCUUCGAGGAGCAUUCUUUUCCCUUCGAGGAGGAUUCUGUCUUCGAGGAGGAUUCUGCUCCCUUCGAGGAGGAUGAGCCUCAAAUCGAGGAAGAGCCCGAAGUACUGGAGGAUGAGCCAGAGGAGGAGGAGGAGGAGGAGGUUGUUGAGGAGGCCGUACCUGUUGAAGAAGAGGCUGCUCCUGUGGAGGAGGUAGUUGCCACUGUAGAAGAGACCUUCGAGGAGGAGGCUGCCCCCGUUGAGGAAGAGGUUGUAGAGGAAGCCGCCCCAGUCAAGGAGGAAGCCGCACCUGAGGAUGAAGAGGAUGAACCUGUUGAGGAGGUUGAUGAAGAGGCCACACCUGAGGAGGAAGAGGAUGCACCCGUUGAAGAGGAAGCCGUCCCAGUUGAUGGGGAAGUCGCUGCCGUGGAACAGGCUGUUGAGGAAGCGGCCACCCCUGCAGAAGAAGAGGCUGCACCAGUUGAGGAGGAAGCUGUGGAGAAGGAGCCAGCAGCAGAGGAGACAUUGGAAGAGGAGGCAGCACCAGCAGAAGAGGAAGAGGUAGAAGAAGAAGCAGCAGAAGAAGAAGAGUCUGAACAGGAAGCAGAAGCUGAAUCAGAAGAAACUCAAGAGGAGGAAGAGCUUCCAGAGGAGGUAGAUGAAUUUGAUGAGCCAUUUGAGGAGUUCACAGAAGAGUAUACCGAGGUAGAAGAACAGAUUGAAGAUGCGCCAACAGAAACGUAGAGCCUGCGGUGUCAGCGCAGUAAGACGGAGCGAGGACCAGCCCACCAAGCACGUACAGCCGUGCUUCCCCACCUCCAGAGAAAGAGUAGCGUUGCCACGACUUCCGCCACUGUCUCCGUUUUCUCACUCACACACUCACAAUUUAGUUUUUCUUCCGUUAGUGUAAAAUCACACUGUUCCAUUACUUGUUUGAUUAGUAUGUUGUUUUUCUCUCUUGCCUUUUUGUUUUCUUUUCUGUUCUACUUUGUUUCCAUGAUUUUUAGUUUAAAGAAUUCCCAUUUCCUAUACUGGAACGUAUCAAUGAAUUUCUCUUCCGGAUGUAGGUAGAUCAGGUCAGUUGUAGGUUGGUUUUCCUUUCCUGUGUAUAACAAGCAGAGGCACGUGUUGCUUUGCUAGUCAAAGAUGUUCACAUGUCUGAACCGAGUUCAGCAGUGUGGUUUCACCCUGUUGAAUCGUGGGUCAGAACUUUAACAUUUUUAAUGUUUUUUUUUUGUUAAACAUGAAGGUAUUAUGCAAAGCUGCACUGAUCUUUCGUGGCAAUUUCACUCUAAGUUUUAUAUUCCCAGAAUGUAGUGAGUCUACUACACGUGGAAGGUAAACUCGGACAAGUCAGGUGACGUGUUGGGCGAGUGUGUGUGAGCUUUGGUGUGUAUGACUGAGAAUGUGUGUAGAUGUUUUGUGUGUGCGUGCGAUUGUUUGUCUGUAGACAUAUCGCUUUGAAAAACAAUCCCUAUUAGCCGUAGUUCUCAUUAAGAUGUGUUUGAGACUCUUCCUCAUUUCGUUUUUGUUUGUUCCAACUCCUAGUACCUCUCACUCUGAUAUUUUUAAAGUACUGAAAGUGUUUUUGACUCACUCAGACCUCGAGCCACAACAGUGAACAUCUUUUUCUAUUUCUUAGGAUCUAUGGGAACACAUUUAUUUUCUAGCAAUGCGAGUUUUAUUUUAUUUAAACUUUUUUGUUGUUGUCUCUUUUGGACAGUAUUUGGGUUGGAAGUAAACUAUCCAAAUGGAAGAUAUGUUGGCGUAUGCUAUUUUGUUCUGGGAAAAAGAGAUACAAAAAAAAUACCGGGAGACGAGGGAAGGGCAGGGUCUCGGGAGUAAUGGUCGUAACCCUUAGGUUUAGCUCAGUGUGGAUGUAGCUGCUCUGGGCUAACGGUCUGACACAACCCCACCCGGUCUUCUGGUGAAACCCCACCCAGUCUCCCAAUAGGUCUGCCACACACACCUGGUCCAACAGGAAUCUGAUUAAUCAAAAUUCAUAAUUCAAUACACUUAAACACAAAACAAAAGUCUGCGUCAACAAUGUUCAUAAACUUUUGUUCCAUUUCUCUCAAAAUGUACAGUUUCACUUGUAUAUUAACUGGCUCUAGCCCAGGGUAAGUGCUUAAUUUGGAACAAAGAUUUAUGAAUGUCUGUGAUUGUGGAAGAUUUUAGCAGACACCAGGAACACAUCUUGUUGUUGUCCCUCUGCCUGUGUUUCAGUGCAGCCCCUAAAACCAACUGUAACCAACUGUUCAAAGAGAAAUGCUGUAGUACAUCUAGAAUGGAAUGUGACCGUGUAACCUGUUAACUCUAAUGUCCUAACGACACCCAGCUCGAAUUUGGCUAGCAUUUACUAUUGACGUUAUUGUCAUUAAUGUUGUCAUUGUUGUUUUUACUACAAGGACAAUGCUAGCUCAUGAUCUGGACUUGAGGCUGGACGGUUAAGAUCAUGUUUAUUAUUUAGAAGGAGUUACGUGUUUAGUCUGCGUUCAAACUCCUCCGUAAUGUUUCUGUGAAUUCAAAUUGGUGUGUUUUAUUUUUUUUAUCUUUCCAUUGUAGCAGUUUUCUGUGCAUUGUGGUAAUAAGGGGCGUGCCAGAUGAUAUGAUGCUGAUUUAAUGUGAUGGACUGUAGGAAAUGCUGCAAUGCAAAUCUUUUCUGGGGGGAAAACGGUUUGUUUUGACAUAUAAAACAAGUCAAGUGGUUGCAAUAUAGUUCCUAGGACAUAUUUUGUCUUUUUUCUAUAACACUAAUGGGUAUUUUUCUAUUCCCUAACACUUUUGAAGUUGAUGUGAAUUUUUAACGUGGUGUUAAUUUUACAUUAUAACAAACUUUACAAGAUAGAUAUCUGUUCUAGAUUUUUAAAUAAAAAUACACUUUCUAGGAUCAAAACUUUUUUUUCCUGAAUGUUAAAGAAAGUGUUCAACUUUUUUUCAAAGCCAUAUGUGAAAGGUGGGGCACUGCUGCUCAGAACAGACUUGAUUAACUCCAAGGGAAAGCCAUUGCACAACUAGCAAUAACAGAAAACAUCACUACAAUAGGCAAAAAAGUUUUUAAAUGAUUGUGAAAAUGCAUCCUGUAUGCAGGGUUGGAUGACUGUCACAGUUUCUGUAAAUGUUCUGUUGAGGGGCUGCAAUAAAGGUUUGGGACAACA